CCCCAGUCUCUCCUGGCCUCACUCACACUGGGAGGAGGGGUGGAGGCUUGGACCCCUGCCCCCCCUUGCCCUGCCUUCCAGGGCUGGGAAGCCUCCAUCCAGGAGGAAGAAGCAGUGGCUGCCCCUGGAGGAGGUCCUGGAGGCAGCUCCAGCAGGAAUGGCAGCUCCAGCAUCUCUAAGGGCCAUGGGGAGUCCAGCCCCACCUGGGGCACCCUAGGCCUCCCACAGCCUUCCAUCUGCGUACCUGCCCCCCCAUUGAUCUGUGGGCCACUCGCCAUGGGUGGGUGCUUCUCCAAGCCCAAGCCAGUGGAGCUCAAGAUCGAGGUGGUGCUGCCCGAGAAGGAGCGGGGCAAGGAGGAGCUGUCGGCCAGCGGGAAGGGCAGCCCCCGGGCCUACCAGGGCAAUGGCACGGCCCGCCACUUCCACGCCGAGGAGCGCCUGCCCGCCCCGCACCCCUAUCCGGGUCCCCAGGACUGUGUGGAAGCCGCCGUGUGCCACGUCAAGGACCUGGAGAAUGGCCAGAUGCGGGAAGUGGAGCUGGGCUGGGGGAAAGUGCUGCUGGUGAAGGACAACGGGGAGUUCCACGCCCUGGGCCACAAGUGUCCACACUACGGGGCACCCCUGGUGAAAGGCGUGCUGUCCCGGGGCCGAGUGCGCUGCCCCUGGCAUGGUGCCUGCUUCAACAUCGGCACCGGAGACCUGGAGGACUUCCCCGGCCUGGACAGUCUGCACAAAUUCCAGGUGAAGAUUGAGAAGGAGAAGGUGUAUGUCCGGGCCAGCAAACAGGCCUUGCAGCUACAGCGAAGAACCAAGGUGAUGGCCAAAUGUAUCUCUCCAAGCGCUGGCCACAGCAGCAGCACCAACGUGCUCAUUGUAGGCGCAGGUGCAGCUGGCUUAGUGUGUGCGGAGACACUGCGGCAGGAGGGGUUCUCAGACAGGAUCGUCCUGUGCACACUGGACCGGCACCUCCCCUAUGACAGACCUAAGCUCAGCAAGUCCCUGGACGCCCAGCCUGAGCAGCUGGCCCUGAGGCCCAAGGAGUUCUUCCGAGCCUAUGGCAUCGAGGUGCUCACCGAGGCCCAGGUGGUCACAGUGGAUGUGAGAAACAAGAAAGUCGUGUUCAAGGAUGGCUUCAAGCUGGAGUACAGCAAGCUGCUGCUCGCACCAGGGAGCAGCCCCAAGACGCUGAGCUGCAAAGGCAAGGAGGUGGAGAACGUGUUCACCAUCCGGACACCCGAAGACGCCAACCGUGUGGUGAGGCUGGCCCGAGGCCGCAACGCGGUGGUCGUGGGAGCUGGCUUCCUGGGGAUGGAGGUGGCCGCCUACCUGACUGAAAAGGCCCACUCGGUGUCCGUGGUGGAGCUGGAGGAGACGCCCUUCAGGAGAUUUUUGGGGGAACGUGUCGGUCGUGCCCUCAUGAAGAUGUUUGAGAACAACCGGGUUAAGUUCUACAUGCAGACGGAGGUGUCGGAGCUGCGGGCCCAGGAGGGAAAGCUGAAGGAGGUCGUGCUGAAGAGCAGCAAGGUUGUGCGGGCCGACGUCUGUGUGGUGGGCAUUGGCGCGGUGCCCGCCACGGGCUUCCUGAGGCAGAGCAGCAUCAAUCUGGAUUCCCGAGGCUUCAUCCCUGUCAACAAGAUGAUGCAGACCAACGUCCCAGGCGUGUUUGCAGCCGGCGAUGCUGUCACUUUCCCCCUGGCCUGGAGGAACAAUCGGAAAGUGAACAUCCCACACUGGCAGAUGGCUCAUGCCCAGGGGCGGGUGGCGGCCCAGAACAUGCUGGCGCAGGAGGCGGAGAUCAGCACCGUGCCCUACCUGUGGACUGCCAUGUUCGGCAAGAGCCUGCGCUACGCGGGGUACGGAGAAGGCUUUGACGACGUCAUCAUCCAGGGGGAUCUGGAAGAUCUCAAGUUCGUGGCUUUUUACACCAAAGGCGAUGAGGUGAUUGCUGUGGCCAGCAUGAAUUACGAUCCCAUCGUGUCCAAGGUGGCUGAGGUGCUGGCUUCUGGCCGGGCCAUCCGAAAGCGGGAGGCUGUUUGUGCUGCACAGCAAGACCGGCGACAUGUCCUGGCUCACAGGGAAAGGAUCCUGAGCUCGCAUGCAGCAGACUUGGGCAGGCACGCUUGGGCACCAGGGACAGAGGCCAAGCCCUGGGGGCAGGUGCCAACCUCCAAUUUCCCAGGAUCCCCCAGGGCAGAACCUGAGCCUUCCCAGUGCUUGCCUUCGGUUGCCUGGCUCACCUCCAGAGGCUUCUGCUGCCUCCAGGAGAUGCUUACUCCCCGAGGCCUCAGCUGCCACUGAUGGCUGGCAAUCCAGGCAGGACAGGCCUAUCCUCUUCUCCCUUUCUUGAGACUGGUCCCCUGCAGGACCCUGCAACAUAUUAGAUAUUAUCUUAAAAAAUUAAAACACACACAUUUGCA